ACCUGCGCCCAGGCCUGGGAGCCAGGACACGCUGUUGCGAUGGGGUCCCCACAUGUCCCUGAGCGCACGGUGCUCUUUGAGCGGGAACGAACUGGAUUGACGUACCGCGUGCCCGCGCUGCUCCCUGUGUCUCCUGGGCCCACCCUGCUGGCCUUUGCUGAGCAGCGGAUCAGCCCCGACGACUCUCACGCCCACCGCCUGGUGCUCCGGAGGGGCAUACUGACCAGGGACUCUGUGCAGUGGGGCGACCUGCAUGUGCUGGAGACUGCAGCCCUGGAGGGGCACCGCUCCAUGAACCCCUGCCCGGUGCACGAGGCACGCACCGGGACCGUCUUCCUCUUCUUCAUUGCCGUCCGAGGCCAAACGCCUGAGGCGGUGCAGAUUGCUACUGGCCGCAACGCUGCCCGCCUUUGCUGUGUGACCAGCCAAGACUCAGGCCUGACCUGGGGCAGCGUCUGGGAUCUCACCGUGGAGGCCGUGGGCAGCGCUGAGCAGGACUGGGCCACGUUCGCCGUGGGCCCGGGUCAUGGUGUGCAGCUGCGCUCCGGCCGCUUGCUGGUGCCCGCCUAUACCUACCGCGUGGACCGCCGCGAGUGCUUCGGCCGCAUCUGCCGCACCUCCCCGCACCCCUUCGUCUUCUACAGCGACGACCUGGGCAGCAGCUGGCGCCACGGGGGCCUCGUGCCCAACCUGCGCUCAGGCGAGUGCCAGCUGGCGGCCCUGGAGGGCGGCCCUGAGGGCUCACUGCUCUACUGCAAUGCUCGGAGCCCGCUGGGCAGCCGCGUCCAGGCGCUCAGCGCCGAUGAGGGCACCUCCUUCCUGCCCGGCCAGCUGGUGGCCCCGCUGGCAGAGACGGCCCGCGGCUGCCAGGGUAGUGUGGUGGGCUUCCCAGCGCCGCCCCCCAGCAGACCCUGCCCAGGGCACGCUCCUGGUGCCCAAGGGUCCCUGGAGGAGGGGGCUGGAGAGUGCGGUAGGGACGGACUGGCAGGGGACUGGUGGGCUCCGAGCCCCACGUGGCUGCUCUACUCCCACCCGACCGGGCGCCGGGCCCGCCUCCACAUGGGCGUGCGCCUGAGCAGGGCUCCUCCAGACCCGCACAGCUGGACGGAGCCCUGGGUGGUCUUCCAGGGGCCCAGCGGCUACUCGGACCUGGCGGUGCUCUCGGACCCGCGCGCCGGGGGCCUGGCCUUCGGCUGCCUCUUUGAGAGCGGGCUGCGGCUGUCCUAUGAGGAAGUCUCCUUCUGCUUCUUCUCCCUGCGCGACGUGCUGGACAACGUCCCCCCGGGGAAGCAGCGAGCACGAGCACACUGCCUGGCCUCCUGAAGGGGGUCGGGGAUGGGCCGGGGUGUGUGGUCCACAGGAAGGGGCUGCGCCUGGGGCUGGACUGCCGCCCCAGCAGCUGUUUCCUGCCGCAGGAGCAGAAGUGUCCUUUGAACCUGUGUCUCCACCAAUCUUAUAUCUAACGGCCUCCUUGGGCCCUCUUUGUCCCCUACCUCAACCUCAG